CAUGAGAAUCAGAAGCUUUGGUAACUGGAUCCAAGACACACGGCAAUCAUUUGCAGAAUGUCUUCCAAGAGCAACAUAUUGGGACUGGGAGCUCUCUAUGUCUUCCUGGCACUGGGUUUGUUUUCCGGUCACUCGGUUAACGCUCAAGUUGCCAGCUCACCAUUGGCCUGUAAUGUCAGCAGCAGCAUAGCCCUCGAUUUGGACAAGUUCGCAGGCAUUUGGUGGGAAAUUGCACGUCAACCUCUCGGUUCCAUGUUAUGCACGGAAAUCAAUGUGACUGUGUUGAAUGCGACUCAAGAUAAUGUGAUCAUUGAUACGACUUAUUCGAACACCCCGGAUUAUCCCUAUGUUAAUCAGACCAUCAAUGCAACACUGACUGUUGCUAAUGGCACUGCUCAACCCUCUGGCUACAAUUUCACAUAUUCGAAUCCCGCAGCUUCUAUGCCGUACACGGUCUUUAAAGUUCUGGACACCGAUUAUACAAGCUUUGCAUUCAUCUGUGGUUAUACCAAUGCUACCGAUAACUCCACCGAAUUUGGCAUGAUCAUCGCCAGAAAUCGCACUCUAUCCACUGUGGUUUUGGAUUCUCUGGAAAGUCAAAGUUCGGCGAUAUCUUCAAAUUUUGCUAAUGGAAGCAUGUCAUUGAUCACUCAAGAUGAAACAUGUACUGGAAACGGAGCUGAUCCCUCGACGGCUUUUACAGUCUUCUAUGCCGUAUUUGCCUUUGUCAUUUAUCUUCUGACUAAAUAAUUCUCUUUUUAUUUGUUCCUUUUUAUCACUGCACAUGUAAACUGCCAGUGUUGGUAAACCAAUUUGUAAAUAUAUCUUUUGUUAUUCAGAAUUACAAAUUACAGUUUUAA